AUGAGUGUGAAUGCAGUGACAUAUAAUUAUGUGCAUGUCAACUUCACUUGGGAAGAGUGGACUUUGCUGGAUUCUUCCCAGAAGAAUCUCUACAAAGAUGUGAUGCUGGAGACCUACAGGAACCUCACUGUUAUAGGAUACAGUUGGGAAGACCAUAAUAUUGAAGAACAUUUUCAAAGCUCUAGAAGACAUGUAAGGCACGAAAGAAGUCAAACUGGAGAGAAACCUGUAUAUACUGAAUAUGGUAAAAUCUUUGCAUAUGAGAGUCAUCUUCAAAAGCAUGAAAGUGCACAUACUAGAGAGAAACCCUUUCAGUGUAAUCAAUGUGUUAAAGCCUUUGCUCAUCACAUUCAACUUCAAAGUCAUAAAAGAACACAAACUGGAGAGAAACCCUAUGAAUGUAAUCAGUGUGGUAAGACCUUUGCAAAACACGGUACUCUUCAAAUCCAUAAAAGAACACAUACUGGAUUGAGACCCUAUGAAUGUAAACAAUGUGGUAAAACCUUUGCACAGAACAGUCAUCUUCAAAUGCAUAAAAGAACACAUACUGGAGAGAAACCCUAUGAAUGUAAUCAGUGCAGUAAAGCCUUUGUAUGUUAUAGUGCUCUUCAUUUACAUAAAAGAACACAUACUGGAGAGAAACCUUAUGAAUGCAUUCAGUGUGGGAAGGCCUUUGCACAACACAAUUCUCUUAAAAUCCAUAAAAGAACACAUACUGGAGAGAAACCCUAUGAAUGUAAUCAAUGUGGUAAAGCCUUUGCUCAUCACACUACUUUUCAAAUCCAUAAAAGAACACACACUGCAGAGAAACCCUAUGAAUGUAAUCAAUGUGGUAAAGCUUUUGCAUGUUACAAAAGUCUUCAAAUGCAUAAAAGAACACAUACUGGAGAGAAACCCUAUUUAUGUGAUCAGUGUGGUAAAGCCUUUACCCAACUCAGUACUCUUCAAACGCAUAAAAAAAUACACACUGGAGAAAAACCCUAUGAAUGUAAUCAGUGUGGUAAAGCCUUUGUAUGUCAUGGUAAUCUUCAAAAGCAUCAAAGAACACAUACUGGAGAGAAACCUUAUGAAUGUAAUCAAUGUGGUAAGGCCUUUGCACAGCAUCAUAAGUUUAUUAGGCAUAAAAGAUCACACACUGGAGUGAAAUCUUUUGUAUGUAAUCAAUAUGGUAAAGGCUUUGUAUGUCACAAUCAUCUUCAAAUGCAUGAAACAAUACAUACUGGAGUGAAACCCUAUGAAUGUAACCAGUGUUCCAAAGCCCAUGCUCAUCACAUUACUCUUCAAAUACAUAAAAGAACUCAUACUGGAGAGAAAUCCUAUGGAUGUAGUCGAUGUGGUAAAGCCUUUGAAUGUCACAAUCAUCUUCAAAUACAUAAAAGAACUCAUACUGGAGAGAAACCAUAUGAGUGUAAUCAGUGUGGUAAAGCCUUUGCACAACACCAUCAUCUUCAAAUGCAUAGAAGAACACAUACUGGAGAGAAACCAUAUGAAUGUAAUCAGUGUGGUAAGGCCUUUGCACAACAGGGUACUCUUCAAAGGCAUAAAAGAACACAUACUGGAGAGAAACCAUAUGAAUGUAAUCAAUGUGGAAAGGCCUUUGCACAUCAUGGUUGUCUUCAAAUGCAUAGAAGAACACAUACUGGAGAGAAGCCAUAUGAAUGUAAUCAAUGUGGAAAAGCCUUUACACGUAAUAUUUAUCUUCAAAUGCAUCAUAGAACACAUACUGGAGAGAAACCAUAUGAAUGUAAUUAG